AUGUCUUGUGAUAGUAGCCUAAAAAGAAAACAUAAUGAAGUGUCGAUAGAGGUUAAGUUAAGAGCAAUCCGUGAGAUUGAAAAGGGAUCUUCGAUUUAUGAUAUUUGCAAUGAAUUGAAAGUACAUCAUAAUACUGUCAAGUCAUGGCUAAAAAAUAAGGAAAAAUUCGUGAAGUGGUCUGCUGAGCGUGGUAAUAAUAAGCUGAUGCCGAGAAGACGUUUAAGCCAUGAAGACAAUAAAAAUGUCAAUCAUGCUAUGUGGAUUUGGUUUCAAGAUAAACGUCAAGCGGGCGUUCCAAUAAAUGGACCUAUGAUCCAAGCUCAAGCUUUACGAUUUAAUUCAAUAUUUGGUGGAAAUGAAGACUUUAAGGCAAGUAACGGGUGGUUACGCAGCUGGAAAGAAAGACACGGAAUUCGUGCAUUGACUAUUUGUGGAGAAAAGUUAUCUGCAAAUAUUGAGGCAACUGACCCUUUCAAAGAGAAAUUUUUAAAGUUUGUUCAAGAUAACAAUUUAUCAUUUCAUCAAGUAUUCAAUUGUGAUGAAACUCGCCUCAAUUUUAAAGCAUUGCCAAAGACUACACUAUCUUCCAGGUUACAAGAACCUCUAUCUGGGUUAAAAAACAGCAAAAUAGGAUUCACAGUAAUGGCAUGUUCCAAUGCUGCAGGCUCUUUUAAACUGCCACUAGUUUUUAUUGGAACAGCCGCUCGUCCUCGUGCUUUAAAAAACUGCAAUAAUUUACCUGUAACAUAUUAUUCUCAAAAAAAAUCAUGGAUGACAAGACAGUUGUUUGCAACUUGGAUUGAAAAUGAUUUUGUUCCUAAGGUCAAAGAAUAUUUACAAUCUAAUGGUCUACCUCUAAAAGCUUUAUUGCUGAUGGACAAUUGCUCAGCACAUAAAAUUAAUAUUGAGGAACAUGGAAUUUUUAUAAUGUUUUUCCCUUCAAACACCACCUCGUUAAUCCAACCUAUGGAUCAGGGAUGUUUACAAAACUUGAAGUUAUUGUACAAGAAGUAUCUCAUGGACUUUAUUUUAGAUUGCAUUGAGAAAAACAUAACCUUGAGUGAUACUGUAGAAAGGAUUACCAUCAAAAAUGCAAUAGAUUGGGCAGCUGGAGCUUGGGAUCAAGUAUGGCCUUGGAAUGAUCGAUUCAAUGUAUCCAAUUUUGUGAAUCAAGAACAGGUUAUUUACAAUUUAUUGAAACAAUUUCAUACUGCUCUUCGAAGUUUAUCAGAAUACAGAAAUGUAGAUGUAAGUAAUUUUGAAGAAUGGUUAAAAUCAACGCAUCAAACACCAUGUCUAUCUGAAACCGAUAUCGUAGACAUCAUUUAUGAAGAAAAUGGAGAAGAGACAAUGUCACAUCAGGUUGAAGAUAAUAAUGAACCUCAAGAAUAUAAUGAACCUCAAGAAAAAGAGAACCAACCAAUGCAUGAAAAUUAUGAAUUUAAUUGUCAUAUGCCUGUCGAGAUAGAGGUAUCACAAGAAGUUACGAAAGAAGCAGCAGGAUUAUGUUUUAAACAAUUAAAGAAGUGUCAUGAAAAAGAGUACAAAUAA